UUACAUAUGCGGUAAUGUUUGAACCCAAGGAGCCAGAUACCGAAGAGCUGCAGCAGCAACUGCUGCAGGAGAGACUUAAGCAGCAUCAACUGGAGGUUCAGCAUCUUCAGCAGAAUCAACUUUAUUUAAAAUAUAUUCAGCAGGAGCUGUUUCAGUUCCAAAACCAACUGCAACAUCAACAGAUGCAGGAACUGCAGCAAUGGCCGUUACAGCAUCAAUGGCCAGAACAGCAGCUGGUAUUUGAAGAGUGGCAACUGCAGCAACGGCAGUUGCUGCGUAUGCAUAUCGAGCUGCAGCUAGUGCAGCAGCAGCAGCUGCAACAGCUGCAAAUAAAGCUACAAGAGCUGAAUUUAAAAUGGUGGCAUGAGCAUCAACAAAUGAAGGCACAGCAGCAGCAGCAGCAGCAGCGAUAUGAGAAAUGGUUACAAGAGCACUGGCUUGAACAGCAACAAGAGUGGAGGAGAGCUCUGUGGAUGAAGCAGUCUCAGAAGCGUGAUGCACAGCAGGAAAGCGAAUGCACUCCUGGCAGCAAAUGACCCAGGCAGCAAAAGGAUAAUUAAUCUGCACCAAAUUGGAGGAUAUUCUUGGAGAACGGCUCUCAAGGAAUAAGCUCAGAUGAAACUGGAUCAACAGACUACAUUCUGCCAGAUCAAAUUGAUAGUGAGACAUCUAUUGCAAGAUGAAGUAAUGAUAGUUAAAUAUAAAGACAGUUUAUGGUAAUAAAAAAUAUGUAAAUAUGUUAAAAUGUGAAUAUAAAAUUUAUAAUGUAUAGGCUCACUGAAUUAUGAUGUAUAUAAUUAUUAACAUGUGAAUAUAAUAUAUAAAAUUUAUAAUGUA